AUGGGUGAAACUCAGUCCACGUUAUAAAAGAUAGAUUUAACUAAAAAACAUGCUUAUGACCCCAACAACUACCCAGAAAAUCCAAAAUAAAACGCUUUUUAAGAGUUAGACAUAAAUCAGUAAACGCAUUUUGUGAAUGAAAUCCUCAAGCAAAAGUUUAAUGAUUUUGGAAAUAAAGGAAAGAGCAUUCUAUAAUUUCUUAAAGAAAAAGGAUAUUUAUUGACAGAUCAAAUUCUUGGAAAAGGAGGUUUUGGAAUGGUAGUAAAAGGGUAUAGUGUUCCUCUCAAAAAAUAUGUAGCUAUAAAAAUAAUUAAAUUUAAAACACAAAAAUAGUUUUUUGAUAACUUGCUAGAAUUCAAUAAUUAAUAAGAUCUUAAGUAGAAAAACAUCCUCUAAUCUAUUUAGAUAAUGAAUUUCAAUGAGUUAUAGAUUCAAUUUAUUGUUAUGGAUCUUUGCAAAACUGACUUAGUCGAAUACUUAAAUUACUUCUUAAGCUAGAAAAAAUGGUUGAAAAAUUUAGAAAUUCUUUAAUUAUGGUUAUAACUUGUAUAAGGUCUAAAGUAUUUGCAUAGCUAAAAUAUUCUUCACUUAGACAUAAAACCAGCAAAUAUUCUCCUUGGAAUAGACAAUUUUUGGAAAUACAACGACUUUGGGUUAUCUUUUGUUUUACGUGAUGGAUAAGAAUCAACAACUGACACAAAAGGAUUUACUUCAACUUACAGCUCCCCUGAGUAAUACUUAUUACAUUAAUUUAAAGUAAAAACACCAAUAUCUAAAGAAAGCGAUAUUUAUAGCUUGGGAUUAGUGUUUUUAUUAACAACUAAAGUUAUUCUAAGCAAAGAAACAUUAAUAAAACUAAAGUUAGAUUCAAAUUUACUAGCAAAGUGUUAUAAUGAUGAAUACAGUGAUUUGAAUGAAUAAAUAAUAAAAAAGAUGCUUAAGACUAAUCCACAAAAAAGGAUUACUUUAGAUCAGCUGGAAAGUGUGAUUUAAGAAAAUAUUUAAAUAUUAGAAAAUAAAGGUAACUAUUUUAAAGAAUAAAUAAAUGUAAGAAACAAAUCAUUGCCGAGUUUAGACAUAGAAAAAAUUACAAAACAAAAUUAACUGGAAAAAAAUAAAUCCUAAUCAUAAAUAGAAAAAAUAUAAAUUUACUACCCAUCAAAAAGAGUUUUAACAAAUAGAGAAUAUAAUGAUUAAUAGUUAUAAAGUAAUAGAUAGUAAAGUACAACAGCAAGUUUAACUCCUUUAAAAUUAAGGAGGAAAGUUAUUUCGAAUCCUAAUGAUUAAAAUAAUAAAAACCAGUCAAAUAAUCAGUAAUCUUUUGAUUCUUAAGUAGAUUUAGUUUAACUAGGAGCUGAUAAAAAAAUGCAUGGUUUACCCUACAUUUUAGAGAAUAACUUAGCCAAUAGAAGUUAAGGUUAUCUUAAUUAAAAUACUGUGACAAUAACACAAACCAGCAAUAAAUUAACUAAAAAUGAUUAUUAAUUUUAAAAUUAAAAAAUAUAAAAUUUAAUAAGUAAAUAAAAAAAUGAAAUGGAAUAAAAUAUUUAAUCUGUUAAAAACAGAUAUUUAAGUCUAUAAACUAAUAAAAUCGAAGUUAAAUCAUAAAAUAUUUAAAAAAAUAAUAAUAGCUUUUUGCCUAAAAUAUAUUAAAAUAGAGCUCAAAUUAAUUUGCAAAAUAUAUACUUUGAUGAAAAUAAGUAACAAAAAUUUAAGUGA